ACGAGAUUGACUUGUCUCGAACCUUCAUCUGCUGAAAAACGCGAAGUUAGGUUCUAGCAUGAGGGCUACCUGAGAUGCGAAGCUACCACAUCAUCAUAUCCGUUCAGCGGAAGAUCGAAAUAUCUACUUCUUAUCCUCACCCCGCGGACGUCUUUGUACCCACCAAUCUCUUUCAGCAUCUACCAGCGCAUAAGCCGAAACUAACGAAGCGCAAGAACGCCCUAUACAACUACGAAAAGAAGGACUACCGACUUGGACCCAUCCGACUUGACUGGGUCGACUUUGAGACUAUGAGCAAUCCAGCUUCAUCGGGGAAGGCGCGCAAGGAAAACAAAGGGACAGCCUCUGCGUCCUUCGUACCGAAUAGUCGUACGAAGGAGGGCUCGACCAAUCUGCCAGAAGGCGUGGUGCAUAUCUUCCGCGACGCCGCCAAAGCUCGCACGACAGAGGAGAUUGAGGCCGAUCCUCACGCCUCGUCCGGGAAGGUGACUCUCAACGCAGAUGGCGGCGUGACGCUCGCUAUUUUGGCCGUUCCGGCCUGGAUGACUCCUUCCGACUUCCUGACCUUUGUUGCCCCUGCUGGUGAUGGCAUAUCCCAUCUCAGGAUGAUCAGAGAUACAGCGCCAAAUAGGUCGAUUGUCGUCAUCAGAUUUGCGAAGCCAACCGACGCUGCAGAGUUCAUCGAAGCGUACAACGGGAAGCCCUUUAACUCUAUCGAGCCCGAAAUAUCCCAUGUCGUCCGCGUUUCGUCUAUACAGAUUGAAGCCGAGGACUCGAUAUCCCAAGCCAUCGCUCGUCUCGGUACGGAGGCGUCGUCUGUCUACGAGCUUCCAACAUGCCCAGUAUGUCUAGAGCGGAUGGACUCCGCCGUAACUGGCCUCAUCACCGUCCCCUGCUCGCACACAUUCCACUGCAUGUGUCUCAGCAAAUGGGGCGACAGCCGCUGUCCCGUCUGCCGCUACUCCCAGACGUUGCUCUCCUCACACCCCACGUCCUCUACCUCCUCCACCCGCCGCAUCCCCUUCGCUCCUGCAUCCGAUACUCCCUCCCUUUCGCGAUGCAGCGCGUGCUCCUCGACGAACAGCCUCUGGAUAUGCCUCAUCUGCGGCAACAUCGGCUGUGGGCGGUACGGCCGUGGCCACGCGCACGCGCACUACGAAACUACAACCCAUCUGUACGCCCUCGAACUUGAGACGCAGCGCGUCUGGGACUACGCCGGCGACGGAUACGUGCACCGGCUCAUCCAGAACCGCGCGGACGGAAAGCUCGUCGAGCUCCCCAGUGCCGCUGCCUCCGUCGGUGGCUCGCGCGAGGGCGGGAGCGGCGGACCAAGCGCUGCAGACGCCCUCAGCGCAGAGAAGAUCGAGGCGAUCGGCAUUGAGUACUCUUAUCUACUCACGUCGCAGCUCGACUCGCAGCGGGAGUACUACGAGGAGCAGCAGGCCGAGCUGAAGAACCAGGUCAAUCAGCUCAGCAAGCUCGUCGAGUCGCUGACUCGGGACUUCGAGAAGCAGCGGACAGAGGCUCGCGAGGAACAGGAAGCGCGGGCCCGUGCACAGAACGAGCAGGUCGCAGAGGCACUGCGUGACAAAGCCCGUGCGGAGACCCGCGCAGAGAAAAUGGCCGAGCUGGCGCGCAAGCUCGACAAGGAAUUGAAGGAGGAGCGCGCGGUCAGCGCGAACCUGAUGAAGAACAUGGGGAAGAUGAAGGAGCGACAAGAAGAGGCCGAGCGGGAGAAGAAGGCGAGUGAGGAGAAAAUUCGAGAUUUGGAGGACCAGCUGCGAGAUGUCAUGUUUUUCCUCGAGGCGAAGACGAAAAUCGAGCAGGGAGGCGGGGUGGAGGCAGAGGCAGCAGGCGGUUCUGUCGAGUUGCCACCACAGUCAUCGAAGAAGAAAACGUCCAAGAAACGCUAGAAACCUGGUACCUAUCCGAUUGCUCGCUUCACUAGACAUAGUCGACACCAAAUUGUAUACAUUCAUUGAUUCGUACAUCACUUGAUUCCACUUCUUCUACGCCGGGAUGAUGGGGUACCAGCGGUUGAACACGAGCUCCGGGUCGUACCUCUUCUUGAUCUGCUGCAGCUUCGGGUACGCAUCCCCAAACGCCGCCUUCGCCUUCGCCUCGCGCAGGCCCCUAUCGCUCGACGCCGCCUCAUCGUCCGUAUUCGCAUACCCCGCCAGCUCCCACGCCUUCGGGUCCCCGUGCUCCGCGUACAGCUUCGUCGCCAACGCGU